GCCAUCGGACGUGUUUUUAUUUGCGCGAUCGCGUUUCUUCUGGUGAACUGUUUAUUUUCGGAAUUUUCUGACGUUUUGAAUGGGAUUUUUGAUAAAUUAAUUUCUGCCUUCUGCUUUGUGUGGUAGUUUCUGGAACGAAGCAGCAACAGGAAGGCAACAGGGAAAAAAAACGACCGAAAAAACUGGAUUGUUGUUGUAAAGCUAAUCUCAUUGCAUAGUGCUAAAGAGUUGGUGCGGUUUUGUUGAGUGCUUCGAGGAAAACGAGGCCAAAACAAGGGAUCAACGGAUCUUUGUGGUGCGGGAGUAAGCGCGCGCGUGAGGAAUCCAUCCAUUUCGGAACCAGGAACGGGGACUUCAGUUGGAAGAAGGGGUUCUGCAAAAAGGGGGGGGAAAGAAAUAUGGCGGCAUCUCUGAAUGCAGUUCAUCGAUCGUGAAAGAUGGAACUGUGCUGUUGGUAGAAAAGUGCAUUGCUUAAGUCUCACGGGAUGUGCGCAUAGCGGAAUGAUCGAUAUCCGCUGGGAGAUUCCGCUGCUGUUAAGUGAGGUAUCGGAAUACAUUGACCAGUGAAAAGAAGAACCACACGCAGUGCUUGUUCUAUUCGAGGGAUUACAAACAUACGCGUGUUCCUCCAGCCAACUGCAACUGCCACCGUGCUCUGUAAACAUAUUUGGAUGAACGACGAAGAAAAACACCACGGAGACAAGUCAAUACAUCACGCAUCGGUGCUCUCUAGCCAGCCGACACCUCCAACUCGCAACUGGAGAAAAAAAAAAUUCAGUGCCGCUGAUCGCCAAAAGGGGAAAAGAAGAUAAAUUAAAAAUUCCGUUGGUUGUCUUAAUUUUGCAUGCAAAAAAUUUAUGCCAUACGAUCGUUCGGUCUUCUCGAGGUAUCUCUCUCCCUUUUGGUCUCUCUGUGGUUAUUUUUGUUGUGAAUACCGUAGUUGUUGCCUCUCGGUUUUGUUUCGUCGAUUCAGAGCCUGGCCAAAGUUAAAAAAAAAUAAAGUCAAAGGAGAACCAGUUCUGCCCGCGUGUUGUGUUGUGCCUCCUUGCUUGCCUUUACGAUCAGCGAUCUUGUUCGGAGUACGGCAAACAGACCCCGGCACACAAAAGUGCUCUUUCUUACCACGUUCCCCAAAGCGAAGAACGGCGGGCGGCAGCCGCCUUACAAAUUCCUAUCCGUGUGUCUGUGGUCUUUAAAGCCCGUUACCUUACCAGUGUUGGUGCGAAAAUCUUUCUCGCUCUGUAAAAGAGGAAGAAAACAGUUUAAAAAGUCAUACACAUUCAGUACACAUACCCGGGGUCGAGGCAAAGAAUUACAUUGGUGCCCGCAAGAUCGCGCAAGUUCCGUGAAGAAUAGCAUCUGCAAUUGCGCAAAACAUCCCAUUCCUGCAACUCAAAAGAAAGGAAACCUAAACGGAAAGGUGAAGAAGAAAAGUUUAAGUCAGCAGCAACAACAACAAGUAAGUAAGCAAGCAAGCAAGCAAGCAAGUGCAGUGAGGAAACCAUCGAACAAGAAGAAAUAACAACAGAAGUUGGUACCCCCGGCCAGCCGGCCUGCACACCUGCCAUCUUCCCUAUGCCAUUAAAGGAGAAUCUCAAAGCUACGUAGACCGUCGUCAUCGUCAAUCUGCUGUUGGUUGGGCCAAAAGGUAUUCGUUGUGCACCUUCUUUGAGACGAACGACGACGCGCGGUGUUGUUUUUUGUUGUGUUGUGGAUAAUCUUUUAUUAAAUGCAGCAGCAGAAGAAAUUUCCGACCGGUAUGUUGGCUGCUGCAGUCUAAAAGAAAAGAAGUAAAGAAGUGAGUUGAACGACAGAAUAAGCGACAAACCGACGUCAUCCGCCUUUGCUAAGCUAGAACACGGUAGCCAGGCCAUAUCGCAAAACAUCGCGACAUCGGAGCAGAGGAUCAACGGAAACGGGCUGUGCUCGUUACACAAUACCCGGGCCAUUCCUCAAUCAACCAACACUUGAAUGUAGAAGAUCGGAAUCAAUAGACCAUGUGAAACAGGACAAACAUCCCCCCAGACAUGCAUAAUGAGUCUACAGCGCAAUCGACGACAAUGGAAAACCCGCUUCCCAACAAUGUGCCGGAGAAUACCAAUCGAUCACCUCUGCACGAGGCGGCGUCCAAAGGUGACGAAAAGGCGGUGGAAGCACUGCUGGCUUCUGGAGCCGAUCGGAAUGCGAAGGAGCUGCUGCACGGCAACACCCCACUGCACGAGGCCGCCUGGAAGGGCUACAGCCGCUGCACCAAAAUCCUAUGUUCCUUACCGAGGGUCGCCCUCAAGCCGCCUUCCGGUGGACUCGGGGCCACUAGCAAGCUGCCCCACCUGGAUCUCAUAAUGAAGGAUUCCAGCAGCAAGCUGAAAAACGUGGUGCAGGAAACCAAAGGGGCCCUGCACAGUGCUCUCCUGGGGGCCCGCAACUUUGGUGGCUUCUCGGCGCUCCAUCUGGCCGCUCAAAAUGGACAUAACCAAAGCUGCCGGGAGAUUCUGCUGGCCGGUGCCGAUCCCGAUGUUCAAAACAAUUAUGGCGAUACUCCGCUACAUACGGCCUGCCGUUACGGCCAUGCCGGUGCCAUUCGAAUUCUCCUCUCGGCCAAGUGUGACUUCGAACGGAUCAACCUGAACGGAGAUACGGCUCUGCAUAUCGCCUGUGCCAUGGGAAGACGCAAAUUGACCCGAAUUUUACUGGAGGCUGGCUGCAAGCAAGACACGAAAAAUGCUCAGAGUGAAACACCUCGGGACAUAGCCAUUCGGAAAAAUCUGUUGGAAAUAAUCAACAUCCUCAACACUCCGGUCCAAAUUACUGCGCGGACUGCCCGGGAGAGGAGUUCCAGUAGUUCAAAUCGGCACAAAGAUCGUGAUACUCAACCUAAAAGUGCCGACCGGUCCCGCAGUAAAGAAGACUAUCACAGGAAAUCGAGGGACAAAUCUCGUGGCCGAAGUAGCAGCGGUCCUCAGGAUCAACGCUAUGAUGUGGAUCCCCGCCAUUGGUCCCCUUAUGGUUGCCACUACUUUCCUGAUCCUCGGAAUUUUCCAUCGCCCAAAUUGGAAACUCUACCUCAGGAACCGCUGCAGAAAGGAGAGCAGUAUUACCUGGAUUUGGCCGGAAACAUUCGAAAAGGUCCGGUAGGGAUCGGAAAUACAUGCUAUUGCGCGCCAUUCUUCAAACAUCUUGAGCAACGGAUGAACCAGAACCGUAAGAGUAUUCGGAAAUAUGUGAAUCGAGCAACGGAAAAACUAGACAGUCGCAUGACUGCGUUGGCUAUGAAGACCGACGACCAAAUUGAGGAACUGACCAAGACAAUGAUUGCCAACAGAGUGCAAUGUGAGAACAAACGGCUGCAUUUGGAACAAUGGUUGAAGCGUGGAGUUCUGGAACGAUCUACUGGACCUCACAACCCAAAAACCAAGAAAGACGAGGCUAACACAAACACCCUUACGCGCUGUCGAAGCCUGGAACUGUUGGACGGAACAGAUGAUAUUCUAUCGGAUCGAAUGAAAUCCUCAACUCCCCAGUUUUCGCGAAGUAUAGAUUUUUUGGAUUCCCAAGACCACAUACCGCACCACAAUCACCAGCAAUAUUCCGAUCGCCUGGAUAGUUCAAACAACUCCAACAUGAAAAAUCACUCGGAAACGGACGAUAACAGCCGGAGAACGCCGCUGCGAAAGUUCGAAUCUCCUCAACACAACGGCAGCAAACGAUCUUCCUCCGUUAGCCAUUCGGGUCGGGAGAGCUACUGUUAUUCGGAUAAGGACAACGACAAAGAGAAACCCCAUGUGAUAUAUCCAGAUCAUAGAACUGGUCCAGACAAAGGUGAUAAAAGAUCUUCGGGAAACUCUUCCGGGUACGAUCACAAGAACGAGAAGAUCAAGGUUACGGAACGGUUGGAAGAGCUGCUUAGUAAGACAAAGAAGAUACUAGAACUCGAGAAAAUAGCCAAGAAGAAACCCAAUGAUAAUAGAUAUAUCCUAGCACUAGAUCGUCUCAAGGAUAUUCACCACUACGAAAGCAAUCCUCAAGUUUACCACCACCAGCUGUCUUCAAAGCGUGACUCGCCUGGUCACAGCUACGAUAUUGCUCACGAGAUGGAAAAAAUCACCCAAUCUUUGUUGCCGGACGCACCCGUUUCGCCGGAAAUAUCCAAAGACAUCACCACCCGGAAGGAACGUUCAUCUAAUUCGCAGAGCUCGUUCCAGAAUCAAGAGCUUGUACUAGCGCACAGUUCUACACCGCAUUCUACCAUGUCCCCGAAUUCGUCUCUACUAGGUGGUACUAGAACUGCUGCCAAAGAAGUAGCUUCAGAAAGCCCGAAUGGUAUGAGGUCACUUCUGGCUUCAACUCAUUUCAACGGUAAUUUGUCGGAGUUGAAUAGCGAACAUGACGAUUCGGACCAGGAACGACACGUCGAUAGCUUGAACGCUCCUAUGAUAAAUGGUUUUUACGCCAACAAUUGUUUCGAAGACAUUCCUAGCUCGUCGAAUACUACCAUACAAUCGGCUCGCAAUCAUCGUAGGAAAAAUGAAGAGUUUGAACAAUCGGAGGAUCAGAGACACGGUGAUAGUGCGGAAGAAGAAGAUUCGGAGGAUGAAGACGAAGAUGAGGAUGCCAACGAAGAAAAUGUAGAUGGUGAUUUGAAUACCGAUGAUAAAGAUUGGGAAUCUGACGAUCAAUGUGAUCUCUCUGAUAUGGCAAACCUAACACAACUGAAAGAGUUGAAGAGUAGGAUUCUCAAUGGCACCAGUUGGAGGAGUCAGGUUCUGCAGAAAAGUGUUCAAGAUGUAUUCCAAUCUGCUAUUGAAGCUACCGAACAAACACAAGAAAAUGAAAUCGUUCAAGACAACGAUGAAGAGUCACCACAUGAUAUGUCUGACCAUAAUCGAGUGAAGUACAUCAUCUCUAAACUUCAACAGAGCAACAUCCAGCAAAUUGACCCUCCGAAAGUUAAUCAGAUGCUUGCGAACGAUGACAACUAUUCCGAUUCUAGUGAGGAAGAAGAUGACAUGGAGUGCGUUGAUGGACCAACACCACUGGAUGAUCGACCCAUAACUGCCAAAAGCCUUAUAGAGAUGUACGAAAAAGGGUUGCCAAAGAUUGAAAAUAAGCCACCUAUGGCAGCAAUUCGUCAACAACCACUCGUACCAAAAGAUGCAUAUUUCCAUGAGCUACCCAAUAAACCAAAACCUCCUAUGAAAUCCCCGGAACUUACCGCUAGCCUAGCUCAGGCAACUCCACCGGAAAAUAUAAGCUUACCUGUUUUGGCCCGGAAUCGCAAUCCUCUACCGUCCUACCUCAACGACAACGAAAUCUUCAACCCGUCUCAAUCUCUAAACCCUCCAAAUCACCUAGCUAGUAUGCCCAACCAAAUUCACCAGUCAACACCGGCACUAUACUAUCCGUCACAAUCUCCGCAGUUCCUCAACGGUGCUAACGAUUAUAACAUGCCUCCUUACAGCACUCAAUACGUUCCUCGAAUGCCAACACAGGAAAAACUGCUAACAAGCCGGAAGUACAUCAAUCCCUCGGGUUCCCCAUUCGCCUUUUCCGGUGGAAGUACCGGAACGCCAUCUCCCGAAUUUCCUUAUCACAUGGGGGGAUCACUAGGUCAGCAUCCACCAAUACCGCACCUUCACAAUCAUCCCCCGUCUCACCUUCAUCCAACCACCUCAUCAACGCACCUUCACUUCCAAAAGUCGCAAGAUAACCUUUCCAAUGACGACUCCGGCUACAUCAGUGCCAAAGUUAGCGAAAUCCACGGUCCCGUUAACAAAACCGACAACUGUGGAAGCCCCCUGUUACCGUUACAGACCCCGUCCGGCAUUUUGCCGAUGCCGCGACACUUUAUGCCGGCUACCAGCAACACCAACUAUCACCUCCUAGCGGGACAUGGCGCUAUCUCGGCGAGAAAUACAAACAGUGUUGCCAUGAACGCAACAGGUCGAAUGGAAGGAGCCGCCGGUGUUGGAAAUGGUUCAACCGUUUCCAUCUAUGAUGACCAACAACAACACCUUCACUACAAUCUAGGUGCUUCAAGUUUAGUGUAAGCGGAUAAGGGCGUGCUGUGUAAAUAGUGUUUUAUAGAGUUUUAAUAAUUCUGUGUGUUUAUUUAAAUUAUUUUAAUAUGAAUUUUAGCUAUAGGAAGGUUUUAAUUCUACAAUGUAUGUUUUGUCUAAAGUUUUAAAGAAUUUGCAAAAUAAAAAUUUCAAG